GCAUUUACUUCCCCAUGAGUAGGAUUUCACUUUCCCAAACCUGAGGUGAUCUGCCUGCUGGAGCAGUGGGAAGAACCGUGCAUCCUGGAUCUGCCAAGAGCCGGGACUAGGAAGGCUUCCAGUAGUGCUUGCCCAGGUUCUGAAAUCAGAUGCAGGAUGAAAAAGCCAACUCCAAAACAGAAAAUUUCUGAAGAUUCAGAGUCCUGUAAGACAUCAGUGGUAAAGCAAACACUGGCCAAGAGACCUGCAGAAAAGCUACAUAAAUGUAGUGAAUUGGGGGACCUUUACAGACGUGCAUUCCCUACUCUUGGUGAUGAAUACCACAAGGACCUCUUUCAGAACCUUCACCUUAAUCGAGAUCAGAAUGCUCAAACACGGAAGAAGCAGGGAAAAUGCGAGAAGUAUGGAAAACCUUUCCAUCAGAGAUCAUUGCUUUUGCGGCACAGGCAAAUUCUUACAAACGUAAAAUCUUAUGAAUGCAGUGAAUGUGGAAGAGUCUUCAGGCGUCAGGCAAAUUUCAUUCGACAUCAAAGAAUUCACACGUCAGAGGAUCCCUUUGAUUGCGAUAUAUGCGGGCAAGCCUUCAAACAGAAGUCCACUCUUGCUGUCCAUAAACAGUGUCAUCCUCAGAAAAAGCCAUAUAAGUGUCAUGACUGUGGGAAAUGUUUCCGUCAGAUGGCAUAUCUUAUUGAACAUAGGAGGAUUCAUACCAAAGAAAAACCCUAUAAAUGUAGUGAGUGCGAAAGAACGUUUAGUCAGAAUUCAACCCUUAUUCGACAUCAGUUAACCCACAGCGGAGAAAAACCCCAUAGAUGUCUCCAAUGUGGGAAGGCCUUUGGUCGGCAUUCGACCCUUCUGAGCCAUCAACAGAUUCAUACCAAACAGAACACUCACAAAUGCGGUGAAUGUGGAGAGGCCUUUAGCCGGAGUGUAGAUCUCAUUCAGCAUCGAAGAACCCAUACCAAGGAGGAAUUCUUUGAAUGUAGAGAGUGUGGCAAGACUUUUAGUUUUAAGGCAAAUCUUCAUCGCCAUGAGGUCAUUCAUACCGGAGAGAGGCCCUACAGAUGUGACAAAUGCGGAAAAUCUUUCAUCUGGCGCACAAGCUUUAUUAAGCAUCAGGGUACUCACAGAGAACAUUUAUCAAUAUGACACUAACACAGGCUAUUGUGUUUGGACUACUCCCUUGAGCUCCUUAUUCCUUCAUUGUCCAAGUCCAGGCAGAAGGGAGGCAUAAAAACUUCGUGGUUCCUUAGCCUUGAGACUAUUUGACAGAUUAUGAAUGAUGUAGGAAUACUUUUAUUUCUCGUACCCCUGGGGGAAAAUGUUUUUAAGUAAAAGAAAGGUGUAAAAAGA